GCCUCCACCUCCCUUCACUUUUUCCCUCCCUGGUUCCUCACUCCCUCUCUCCCCCUCAGCCUGGCAGGAUCCUACCAGCAGAGCAUGCAAUCAGGGAGCAGCAGCAGCAGGGAAGAUGCAGAAGCCUAGUCAGAAAGAGCAUCUCUACAAGCUACUGGUGAUUGGGGACCUGGGUGUGGGCAAAACCAGCAUCAUCAAGCGCUACGUCCAUCAGAACUUCUCCCCUCACUACCGGGCCACCAUUGGGGUGGACUUUGCCUUGAAGGUGCUCAACUGGGAUGCUGAGACGGUGGUACGGCUGCAGCUCUGGGAUAUUGCUGGUCAGGAAAGAUUUGGAAACAUGACAAGGGUCUAUUACAGAGAAGCCAUGGGAGCGUUUAUUGUCUUUGACGUUACAAGACCAGCGACGUUUGAAGCGGUGACAAAAUGGAAAGAGGAUCUGGACUCUAAGUUGAUUCUCCCGAAUGGCAAACCCGUGGCGACCGUUCUCUUAGCAAACAAAUGCGACCAGGGAAAAGAUGUGCUUACGAACAACGGUCUCAAGAUGGACCAGUUCUGCAAGGAGAAUGGGUUUGUGGGAUGGUUUGAAACAUCGGCUAAGGAAAACAUAAAUAUAGACGAAGCUUCCAGAUGCCUGGUGAAACACAUAAUUGCUAGUGAGAGUGAUCUAAUGCAGCCCAUUGAACCAGAUAUUAUAAAACCACACCUGAAUUCUUCUAAUAUUGUCAGUUGUUCAGCUUGCUUUAAAUCCUAAGGGACUCCCAGACUAUUCCUGGAUACUAGAGCUGAGCAAAUAGUUAACAAUGAAUAAUUUAUCCAAAAUACACAACCUGUUUUUCUGCUCACAGAAUAUCCAUGAGCAGACUGCAAUUUUCUCAAAUGUAUGUGUUUUUUAAAAUUAUUCAAUGAUUUUUUUGACUCUUUGGAUUGAUUGUGAACAGUUCACUUUAAUAGUAACUAUUCAAAUUGUUUUGGUUAGUUGUGAUUGGUCAGAUAAGUCACAUGGUGGUGUUCCUACUCCCUGAUUAAAUGAGUGAGCAAGACAUGCUCAGGCAAGUGAUUUUAAAAUUUGGUUAGGACAUAAAAAUGGCCAUACUGGGUCAGACCAAUGGCCAUCUAGCCUAGUAUCCUGUCUUAUGACCAUGGGCAGUGCCAGACGCUUCAAAGAAAAUCAACAGAACAGGGAAAUUGCAAGUGAUCCAUCCCCUGUCAUCUACUCCCAGCUUCUGGCAGUCGGAGGCUGAGGGAUACCCAGAACAUGGGGUUGCAGCCCUGACCAUCUUUGUUAACAGCCACUGAUGGACCUAUCCUCCAUGAACUUACCUAAGUCUUUUUUGAACCCAGCUAUAAUUUUGGCCAUCACAAAUUUCCCUGGAAAUGAGUUCCAUGGGUUGACUGUGCGCUGUGUGAAGAAGUACUUCCUUAUGUUUGUUUUAAAUCUGCUGCCUAUUAGUUUUAUUGGGUGACCCCUAGUUCUUGUGCUAUGUGAGGGGAUAAAUCACACUUCCCUGUUCACUUUCUCCACACCAUUCAUGAUUUUAUAGACCUCUGUCAUAUCCCCCCCAGGUGUCUUUUUUCUAAGCUGAACAGUCCUAGUCUUUUUAAUCACUCCUUGGUUAUUGCAAGUACUUACUCAUACGACUUGGAAAUUUGCUUUCUAACCAUAAUUUUCCAGUAAAACUUAAAUGCAUGAAUGUUGACAGAAGGUAAAAACAAAGGAGGGCUGGAGUGAAUAUUCAUAGGAUGUUUUUUGCAGUAUUUACCUAGCUCUCUUGGGUACCUAUUAUGAAUACCACAAUAACACAUGAAAUCUGAAUUGUGGCAGUGUGGUCAAGUACAUAGCGCCUGGAUUCUAGUCCAGCCCUGCCACUGACCUUCUGUGCAUCCUUGGGGAAGUCACUUCUGUUUCCCAUCCAACUCUUUGCCUAUCUUAUCUUUUGGGGUAGUUUAAGUUCUUUGGGGCAAGGACUGUCUCUUACAAUGUGUUUGUAUAGUGUCUCACACAAUGGGGUCCCAAUCUCACCUGAGGCAGUUAGACACUACUGUAAUAUAAAUAAGAAUAAUUCAACUGACUGCGGUGGUGGAGGUGAAUGGGUGGGACACACAGAGGCCCAUGCUUAGGUCUUGUAUGGAGCAAAACAAAGUGUCCUUAAAUUAUGAAAGAGGUCUUAAAUUUUGGUCUGUGACUGAACCAUCUCUUAUUAUUAUAUAUGCAUUACAGAGCAGAUCCAGGGACGGAGCUGUGACCAACCACAGCUUGCUAGUAUUUGGUUUAAAGCCUCAAAUUGUAAAUAUAUUUUAGAGUAAGAAACAAGUCACAGCUUUUUAAAACCAAAAAAUGCCAGUGCAGAACAGUCUGUGCUGUCUGUAUUUAGGGACAGGUGUCAUGCAUAGGGAAUUGCUGAAUUCAAAUCCAACCUCCGACAUAGGCUCCUGCUGCGGCCUCGGUCCAAUCACUUAACCUUUCUGCCUCAGCUUCCCCAUCUGUAAAAUAGAAUUAAUAGAAUUUGCCUACCUCACUGGGCUUUUGUGCAGGUUAUCGUCUGCAUAGUCCUUUGGAGAUUAAAACAGCUGUAUAAGGGCUAAGCUUUAUUAGUGCGAAGCAUGAUGGCUACUGCCCUAUUGCAUGACUACAUGACUCUCUGAUGUCUGUAAAUAAAACUAGGGUUUGUCUUCACGGCAACAGCUGGCUCGAGUUUCUCCACUCCAGCUAGUCUAGUUUAAGUGACAAAGGCCACACUGCGAAAUAACAAGCUACACACCGAUUGGAUUAGCAGCUGAUGAGUUGUGCUACCUCGAGCUUUGGCCUGUGGCUGCAUCCCCACUGCAUUACUAGCUUGAGCAUCAGCAGCACUCAAGCUUCCACCCACAUCUCCUGCUAGGCCAGCUAGCUUGAGCUUAAAGCACUGCUAAACUCCAGCGAGAGGUUUCUGUAUGUGGCCAGGAGUCAGGUCAUCAUCACUCGAGUUAUUCCUUGAGUUAAUGCAGUGAGGUCCAGACUUCCUGGGACUAAAUACUUUUUGAUCCUCAGUGCUUUAGGUAAGGAACUAGAUGUCUCAAUGGGACCGGAGACAUAUGAUGUCUUGCUUUUCCAGAAACUAAUAUGUAUGAGAUUGUGGAGCUAAACUGUGUUGUAACUUGGUCUCCAAGUAUCAAUGUGCUCUAGCUGUCCUCAUCUUUACUUGUCCACAGCAGAUUCCAAUCAGUGUUCCUGAAACAGAAAUGUAACCUCCUCCCGGACGUGCCUGUGGGAGAGCUUUGCCUGACCAAAGAGUUAGACAUAAUCUUUCCUUGUUAAAAAGAAACAAAAAUAAAACAUUGAAAAACUA